AGCAGCAAAGCGCCAAAAGGCAGCGGGCAGGUGCUGCACAGCUGGGCACAGCAGUUUGCUGUAACCUCUUUGCCCACUCCCUGUAGCACUCAGUGGCUGAUGCUUCUUUGGUACUUGGGAAGCUGCCCCUGGCACCAACACCUCUGAUGGAGAUCACCUCACCACCAACCACAGUCGUGCCUGGAGGGAUGAAGAGCACUUCCCAGUGUGGAGCGCACCAGAGCUUUCCCAGCACUGCUGCCAGGCCAGACCUGCCUCAUCCAUGCCUGGUGCAAGCACUUGCACAAUGAGGUUGGCUGCACACACCCAGCGUGGACCCCGGGCUGUGACCCCUCCCAGGACAGAACAUUAUCCUGUGCAGCACUAUGAUGUGGGGCCAAUGUUGAUGCUCUGGCUAAGGAAAGCUGACUGCUUCCAGCUGUCUGCACCAUGGCUUAUUGGCCUGGCACAGGCAUAGGCAUGAAGAUGAUCUUGGCUGCAUGCUACAAAGCCGGUCCCUCUGCAGAGGCAGCUCCAGUGGCACCACAACCUCAAGAAGAAAGCAGUAAACAGCCAGACCUUAUGAAACACCCAACCUCCCUGGGACCCCGACCUUUUAACUCAACUGUGCAGCAUUUGUAGAUGCUGGAUCUGGCCUUUCUCAGGAGGGUAAUGAGCAGCACACCCCUGCAGCAGAGCCAGCGUUUCCAUUUUGGCAUACUGCUUGGGAUGCACUUUCUGCACCGUUUGAAACCCGAGCAUAAUGCUAUCUUCAUGAACCACAUUCACCACUCCGAUAAUGUGACCCGGCAAAAGGUGACUCAGCUGUUGUAUGUAGGAGAUUGGCCCACACGCUGGCUCUUCAGACAGGUCUUCCACAUCUCAAGUUGAGAAGCUCCAUAUCAUACUAAACAUGGAGAAAGAAGAGAAGAAAUUUGUCAAUAAAGCAGAGGAAGAUGAGAUGGAGAUCUAUGGCUAUGAUCUGUGUCGUUGGAGGUUGGUGCUAGUUACUGUAGGAGUGAUCUGCUCUGGUGGCUUUCUUCUCCUCCUCCUCUACUGGAUGCCUCAGUGGCGUGUGAAAGCAACGUGCAAAAGGACUACACUUAAAGACUGUGAAGUGGUUCUGCUGAGAACAACUGAUGAAUUUAAGAUAUGGUUUUGUGCAAAGGUUCGCGUUAUGCCUUCAUUGAGAGCCAAUCCUCUGGAGAAUCCUAACCCUGUUGUACACAAGGCUUCAAAUGGCCAUGCUCUUCAUUUCUGUGAAUCUGCUGCAGAGGAGAAUAAAAAUGAUUUGAAAAAAUACUUGCCUAUUCGCUAUUUCACACAUCACAGCGUGAAGUAUUUCUGGAAUGAUUCAGUUCAAAGUUUCGAUGUCGUACGAGGUCUAGAUGAAUCUACAUUCUGCUCUUCAAUCCAUAACGAACACAGCACGGGACUGACAAAGGGAAUGCAUGAUUACAGAAAAGCAUUCUAUGGAGUAAAUGAAAUUGCUGUGAAAGUGCCUUCCAUUUUUAAGCUUCUGAUUAAGGAGGUUCUCAACCCUUUUUACAUUUUUCAGUUGUUCAGUGUGAUAUUGUGGACCACUGAUGAAUAUCACUACUAUGCAUUAGCAAUUGUGAUCAUGUCUGUAAUAUCCAUUGUUAGCUCCCUCUAUACCAUUAGAAAGCAAUAUGUUAUGUUACAUGACAUGGUAGCAGCUCACAGCAUUGUCAGGGUUUCUGUCUGCAGAGGAGACCAAGAAAUAGAAGAAAUCCUUUCCACCGACCUUGUGCCUGGGGAUAUCAUGCUGAUUCCAUCUAAUGGGACAAUUAUGCCCUGUGAUGCAGUACUUCUCAGUGGUACCUGCAUUGUAAAUGAAAGUAUGCUAACAGGUGAAAGUGUUCCUGUCACAAAGAUAAACCUCCCAAAUCCUUCAGAAUAUCCAAAAGCAGUGGGAGAUGAAAUAUACAGUCCAGAGGUGCACAAACGUCAUACCUUGUUCUGUGGAACCAACGUCAUCCAAACCCGGUUUUAUACUGGAGAAUUGGUCAAAGCCCUAGUAGUGAGAACAGGCUUUAGCACUGCUAAAGGACAGCUUGUUCGUUCCAUACUGUACCCAAAGCCAACAGAUUUUAAACUCUACAGAGAUGCCUACUUGUUUCUCCUCUCUCUGGUAGUGGUGGCAGGCAUUGGAUUUCUCUACACGGUGGUCAAUAGCAUUUUAAAUGAGGUUCCAGCUUAUACUAUCAUCAUAGAGUCUCUUGACAUCAUCACCAUCACGGUGCCUCCAGCGCUCCCUGCUGCCAUGACUGCUGGCAUCGUUUAUGCACAAAGAAGGCUGAAAAAAAUUGGCAUUUUCUGCAUCAGCCCACAAAGGAUAAACAUUUGUGGCCAGCUGAAUCUCGUGUGUUUUGAUAAGACUGGCACACUUACUGAGGAUGGCUUGGAUCUCUGGGGAAUUCAACGGGUGGAAAAUGCUCGCUUCCUCUUGCCGGAAGAGAGAGCUUGCAGUGAGAGCUUGCUGAAGUCUGAGUUUGUUGCUUGCAUGGCAACUUGUCACUCCCUUACAAAAAUUGAAGGGGUACUUUCUGGGGAUCCACUUGAUUUGAAGAUGUUUGAAGCUAUAGGAUGGAUUUUAGAAGAAGCAACUGAAGAGGAAACAGCCCUUCAUAAUCGAAUCAUGCCAACAGUGGUUCGACCUUCCAAACAACUUUUCCCAGAAUCCAAGCAAGCAACAAAUCAAGAAAUGGAACUGUUUGAGCUCUCGAGCAGUUAUGAGAUUGGAAUUGUGCGCCAGUUUCCAUUCUCUUCAGUUUUGCAGCGCAUGUGUGUAAUAGCCAGAGUUCUAGGGGAGAAGAGAAUGGAUGCUUACAUGAAAGGUGCCCCUGAAGUGAUUGCCAGCUUGUGUAAGCAGGAAACAGUUCCUGUCGACUUCGAAUGUGUCUUGGAGGAAUACACUAAGCAGGGCUUCCGAGUUAUUGCUCUUGCUCACAGAAAAUUGGAGUCCAAGCUUACAUGGCACAAAGUCCAGACUAUUAAUAGAGAUGCUAUUGAAAGUAACAUGGAUUUUAUGGGGUUAAUUAUAAUGCAAAACAAGCUAAAGCAAGAAACCCCUGCUGUACUUGAAGAUUUGCAUAAAGCCAACAUUCGCACUGUCAUGGUUACAGGGGAUAACAUGUUAACUGCUAUCUCUGUGGCCAGAGACUGUGGAAUGAUUCUACCUCAGGAUAAGGUCAUAAUUGCUGAAGCACUACCUCCAAAGGAUGGGCAGGCUGCCAGGAUCAACUGGCAUUAUGCAGAUACCCUCGCAAAAUGCACUAGUUCAUCACCAGCCAUAAACUCAGAGGAUAUUCCAGUUAAAUUGGUCCAUGAAAGCCUUGAGGAUCUCCAGAUGACCAAGUACCAUUUUGCAAUGAAUGGGAAGUCAUUUGCAGUGAUUCUGGAGCAUUUUCAGGACCUAGUACCCAAGCUUGUGUUGCAUGGCACCGUGUUUGCUCGCAUGGCACCCGAUCAGAAAACUCAGCUGGUGGAAGCUUUACAAAACGUAGAUUACUAUGUAGGCAUGUGUGGAGAUGGAGCAAAUGACUGUGGCGCACUAAAGAGGGCACAUGGUGGUAUAUCUUUGUCUGAACUCGAGGCUUCUGUGGCAUCACCAUUCACUUCCAGGACACCUAGUAUUUCCUGUGUGCCAAAGCUGAUCAGGGAAGGCCGUGCUGCUUUAAUAACUUCCUUCUGUGUGUUUAAGUUCAUGGCACUGUACAGCAUUAUCCAGUACAUCAGUGUUACUCUGCUAUAUUCCAUCCUGAGCAAUCUGGGAGAUUUCCAGUUUCUCUUUAUCGAUUUGGCAAUCAUUUUGGUGGUCGUCUUCACCAUGAGUCUGAACCCUGCUUGGAAGGAGCUUGUUGCGCGAAGGCCUCCGUCGGGUCUUAUCUCAGGUCCACUUCUGUGUUCCGUUUUGUCUCAGAUCAUCAUCUGCCUUGCUUUCCAAACCUUUGGGUUUUUUUGGGUCAAACAGCAGCCCUGGUAUGAGCCUUGGACAACAGAAUCUGAUGCCUGUGGUGUAAUGGACUCCACAAACACCAGCUCUGCGCACCACGAGAACCAGACUCUUCAUGAUGAACAUUACAUUAAAAAUUAUGAAAACACAACUUUGUUUUUUAUAUCCAGCUUUCAGUACCUCAUAGUGGCAAUUGUUUUUUCUAAAGGAAAACCCUUUAGGCAGCCAUGCUACAAAAACGUUCUGUUUGUUUUAUCUGUGAUAAUUCUUUACGUCUUCAUAUUUUUCAUCAUGUUGCAUCCCGUUGAAUCUAUUGACACAUUUCUCGAGCUCGUGUGUGUGCCGUACGAGUGGCGCCUAAGGAUUCUCGUCGUCGUUAUUCUCAAUGCAAUUGUAUCUGUGCUGACUGAGAAUGUCCUCCUUGAUAUGAUCCUUUGGAAGGUUGUGUUCAAUCGAGACAAACAAGGAGAAUACCGCCUCACCAUACCCCAGCCGCCUCAGGAGGCCGUGGAUCGCUGUGGAGUCUAUUUCCUUUCUUCCCUGUUUGGUUGUAGAGAGAAGACACCAAAAGCCAAGUAUAUGCAUCUAGCUCAGGAACUGUUGGUUGAUCCAGAAUGGCCACCAAAACCCAGAACAACAACAGAAGCAAAAGCACCAUCCCAAGAAAAUGGUUCAUAUCAAAUCAUCACUGUAACAUAACAGCGGAUCCUCGUGGCAUGUGUCUUUGCUAGUAUCCAGAAUGUAAUUUUAAGGCUCUAUUUGAAAUUGCAGUAUACUAAAUGUCAAAUUCUAAUGCAGAUAUUUCCAACUGUUUUGUUUUUUUGUUUUUGUCUCUCUGAAUCCAGAGUUCAGAGCUGGACACAAUUAUGGCUUAUACAUUUUAAAAAUGUAGGUUAUCUCGGGCAGAACAAAAGUGAUUGUUUCCUUCCACCACCUUUCAAAUUUCCUAAUUCCUAAAAGGAGAAGAGUUUUGAAGGUUGAAAACUACAGGGCAGUUCAAACAAGUUCACUUCAUUAGCCUGGAGUACCUUUAAGCAUUGUUCUAACCUGCUUACCCAGGCGCCUGUCGAUGUAAACCUUACGGUGUAAAUGGUCUCGUGGUAGUACCAGAGACACAGAACCAUGUCCUGGUUUGUUGGUUGGUUUGGCUUUGGUUUUGGGGUUGUUGAAAAGCUUUGUGCCUCAGAACGGUUCUAAAGUUUUGAUGUGUGUACCUCUUAAGUUUGUCCCUGCUAGUAAGGAGUGUUUCUGGGUGUAAUGUUUUGAAUUUAAGUUCAAUUCUUUAGUCUGCUGCAGCAGGAUCUGGGAAUGCUAGAGGGGUAAUAUGCUCUGUCCUUGAGAAGAAAGCACAUUGCUUUCUGGUGGGUUCCUAGCUUCUUUUCUAGCUAGCCCCGAGGAAGGGCUUAGGUGGUCUCCAGAGGCCAUUUGGCUGCACUAAAGUUUUUGGAGAAGGAAGGCUGGAGAAUCUUAACCACAUUUUUCUGUCUCUCAAGUUCUUCUAUAUUUUGCUAUGCAUUUCUCCACAGACCUUGCAUUUUCCAGCAUAAGGGGUGGAUUAUCCCUUUGUGGACCAUGUUUUAUUUGUAAACCUGAAGAUAAUUUCCCUACACACCUUGAAGUAGUAAGGCCAAAGUUACUGCUGCAAGGGAAAUGGGGGGUGGGAGGGAGGAAUAUUUUUCACAUGCCCACGUUUUGGGGUUUGUGCAUGUUAAGAACAUAAUGCAUUUCAAAGAGUCUGCCAGUAUCUUAAGCACUAAAUGUAGCUAUAUGGAACAAUUAAGAGAAAAUAGAUGAGCUAAAAUUCUGUCUUGCUGCAGAACUAUAGAGCUUAUGUGGAUUUUAUUUAUUAAAAAGAAAAAAAAAAGGAAAAAAAAAGAUAAAAGCUUAAGCAUUAGGGGUAGUGAUACAGCAUUUUGCCAUCAGGCAGUCUCAAAACACAAGACCACUGGAAAAAUAGGUGUGCAAAGAUGUAGGCAGAUGUAGUCUUCGCCUUCAAAGCUUAAAACCUUUCUUUCUUUUUUCUUCUUUUUUUUUCCCCCUCUUUAUUUAACUCACAAAUUGCUAAUCUCCAAGCAGCUUCAACUUGCUACAUUUCUUUGGUGUCUUUUGGAAGGUGAUAAAAUAUCGAUUCUUGAUCGCUCUGUUCUGACCAGGUGCAACUGACUGGUUCAGAAGCCUACAAACUUUGGGAAGGGAUCUGGAGAAGUCACAGUUCUGUAGAGAAGUAGUGGAAGGAGAGCCCCAAACUCCCUGACUGGCUGUGGGAUCACGUUGAAGUGUGUGUAGUAGAUGAUGGAACUCAAGUGUAGUAGAUGAUGGAAUUCAAGUGUGGUGGAUGAUGGAAGGUUUGGGGUUUUUGUUCUAAAUGCCUGUGGAGAUAAUUCCUCUCCAGCAUUGUUUCAGAAAGAGGAGUUGUUCAGGUCACAACUAAUUCCUUUGUGCUGUUCUGGAAGGCAGUGUGGUCAGUGCCCCCUCACUGCUCCCCUUGUUGCGGUUUCCACAGUGUUGAACAUGCGGUGCCAAUGGGGAAUUUAAAAGUGGUGCUAAGUGGUUCCGAAGAUACUGCCUAGAACUUGGGAGUUUAAGUUGUUAGCACUUGCUCCUCAGAACUAAUGUGCAUAUGGUGUGCUAUCCUCCAGUCCAGCUGUCGACCCUUUUCCUGAUAUUUAUGGUUGUUUCUUUUGUUUUUGAGGGAGUGGAGCAGGAGCACUUCCCCCUUCGGAAGUGGUUUUCUUAGCAUUCAUUCAGCGGAGCACUGUAAAAGUCUCAUUAUCCUGGCUUCUGAUGGUCCUCAACAGUGAACGACUACAUCAGUAGCAUUUAUAGGGAGUCUGCAGUUGUGGACUUGGAUAAAUACUUUAAUCAUGAACAGGAAUCACUUGGCUCGUUUCUGUCAGUGCUGAUUUUUACCAAGUCUUUGUAGCAUGGAAUAAUUGAUGAAGAAUAAUUCUCCGCUGCGUAAGUAGUAGUCACGUUUAAAGAACACCCUCCCCCCACCCACCCCACCCUAGCAGUAUUUUAGGUGUAAAACGCUGUGAAGCUAUGCAUCUCGGACCUGGGAGCUGUGACUUAACCUUUACACACCUAAGCUUUUGCUUUCCAUUCCAUUCAGCGUUUUAGCUUGGCUCUUCUAUCUAAAGUGAAGGAAAAUAUUUGUCUUUUCUAUGCUUUUGCUUAGUGUUUUCUCUGAACUGCUAAUUUCCCUUGCCUGGUUUCUGAAGCUAGUCUUUCUUAUCGUAGGUCCCUUAGCCUUACCUAGUGAGAAGAAACAGUUUAUCAAGGUGGGCUUGUCGUGGGAGAAUGUUUUAGGAAGCUCUCACUGAAACUGAAAUCACCGAGCACCUCCACCCGAUCGCAUGAUUCAAUGGCUCAUGAGCCCAUUAGGCUUGAAUACUUGCAAAUGGGAGGUACUUUCCCCAGGGUAUGUGUUCAGAGCUGGGAAGUGUCCUUGAGGUUGCAUGCUUGAGAUCUGACCUAUUUGCUCCUGACUUGCAGUCAAGAAUCACACAUUAGCUCCUCUGGGAAGCCUUCUUCUUGUUGCAGGUUCAGCCACAAAAGCAGCUUUUGCAUCUUCUGCAGUUAUUGGGAUUUAUGCCUUCCUACCCAAAAGCUGAGUUUGGCCACCUCUAAUUUUUAUCUUGUUUUGAGCAGUUUUAAGUUUUGGGUUGGUUUGGUGUUUGUUUUGUUUUGUUUCCUGGUUUUCACCAAUACAGCAAACUAGAUCUGCACUAAUACAGUCACUUCCUGCUUUGGAGACGAAAUUCAGUUUGCAGUGCAAAGAAUCUCUUCUCAUGUUCACCUUGGAACUCUGCAUUCAGGUGAACAGACCAAUUUUAUUGAGCUCCACCUUAGAUCCUCGGUAGACUUUUUCUUCCUGCUGUAUAUUUUGGCCUUAGGUUGAGGAGUUUGAUUUAUUAUUAAAUUAUUUGCGUAUGCAGACUUCAAAUCUGUACCUAUUUUACUUUUGGAUGUAUUAGGAGUUGUAAAUAUUUACUGAUUGGGUUCUUUUUUUGUUUUGUUUUAAAUAUUAUUUAUGCACAUACUUAAAGGACUUGGGUCUAUCCAGGAGGGAGGGAGGGAGGGGGGGGGGAUAAAAAAGGCAAUUGCUGAAUAACAAAAUGUUACUUUUUAGAAAUCAACUUGCAAGAUCAUUCAGUUGGAUAUCCCUCAGGGUUAUUUUUUAAAGUUUGGGGGUUUAUUUUGGUGUGGGUUUUGUUGUUUUGGUUUUUUUUCUUCCCUUCAGAUUCAAUUAGCAGUAAUAAGAUUCAUGUACUAUAGAGCUAAAUCUACUGUAAAAAGAACAUGCUGCAAGUAAUGCUUGAGUGGAAGCAGCUAAAGCGCCCAGGGAAUUGACUCUCUAUAUUCAUCGCAGCCUCAAAUUGAAAUCUCUGUUGCACUUUUGUUGGAUUUUUCUUUUGUUUAGUUUUAAUUUAUUUUAGUUUUGUUCAUUACUUCCUGAAGGUUUUGCUGAAGAGUCAUCCCAAGUUGGGUAAAUAAUCCUCUUGUUGUACGUGUCUGUACAGUAGAAUGCUAAGCAGAUGUCGAGUCCUUUUUUUAUGCUGCAGAUAUCCCCUGCUUAAUGUUGGCCAUCACAAAAUGAGAGAGCUAAAGUUCUGUAGGAUUUCUUCUGUGGAACUCUGAACUGCAAACUCUGCAUGUCCAAGGAAAAGCUGUGGGGUCUUGCCAAUAAUUUUUACAGUCUCAAAUAUGUUGAUUUUUAUACAGCAGAGCUUCAGGUUUUUAAAGCUCUUUUCAACAAACUGCAGCUCGUUUGAUAAUUACGUGAUCCAGGAGCUACUCAGUUUGUCACAGAUCCCUCAAGCCUAACCCAGAUUAAAAGGUGCAUCAUUACAGCCCUCUCUAAGGAGCUCAGCUUCCUUUUGAUUUUCAGAUCUUAAAUGAUACUGCAUCUUUGUAUUUAAAACGUGUACUGCUGCUCUAGAAUGGUACCCUGUUGUCAAGAGGCAUACGUAAUUAACUGUACAAUAGGUUGUAAAUAGACUUGUAAAUCAUUUUUGUGACUGAAGCUCUUUGAGAAUAAAAUUAAAAUGAACAGAUAUUUUAAUUCUU